UCAAUGCCACAGAAACCGCAACUAGCUAGCAGUGCUGGCAAGCCUGCCGCUGUGAAGGCAAAAACUAGCUUGGGAGCGGGGCCGCUCAGAACGAAGAUGGGCAAUGGCGCUAGCGCCUCAAAGUCCGAUAAUGUCGUCGUCGAUGGGCAGACGACGGAUAUCAAUCGAUUCAAAACCGUGGUUACGGAGCUACGCAAGGAAAUGAAGGAAAAAGACGCAGUGAUAGAAAAAUACCAACAGGAAUUGAAAGCGCGAAGUGUGAGUAUCGCCGAAAGGGACAGCGAAAUCACGCGUCUCAAAGAAGAAGUUGAUAAACUUAAAUCUGUUUUGCAAGCUACACACCAGGGAAAAGAUGGAGUGCCAGAUAUCUUAUCAACAAUACACGAAGAAAGUGGCAUGGCCGGUGCAAGUAACAAAGAUCGUAACAAAAAACAAGGUGUCUCCGGUGAAAGCGGGUUGCAGAAUAUUGAACCUGGGCAGCUAGCAGAUCUUGAACGGCAUCCGAAAGACUUCAGGUCCAAGCAGCUUAUCAAAGAUGCUAUACUAGACAAUGACUUUACUAAAAACCUUGAUGCCUCGCAGGUCCGUGAGAUUGUAGAUUGUAUGUACCCAAAAACAUUUGAAAAAGGGCAAUUAGUCAUCAAAGAAGGCGAUGCUGGAGCACAUUUCUACGUUGCUGCAGAGGGAGAGUUGGAAGUAUCCAAGGGGGACAAGGUUCUGGGUAUCAUGGGUUCUGGAAAAGUUUUUGGUGAACUUGCCAUACUUUAUAACUGUACAAGGACAGCUUCAGUCAAAGGUUGGUAG